GGGGAAGGUUUUGGCCUAGCAGGAGGGGCACUGGGGCUGAGCCGGGAGAGGGGCUGUGUGUUUGGUGAUGAAAUCGGCCUCGCUUUACACAGUGAGCGAGAUGCGUCACCAUCCUAGAAUCCUAGGGCUGGCAGAGACCUCAGGAGUCAUCCAGUUCAGCCCCUUGCCAUAGCAGGACCAACCCCAACUAAACUUCUAGGGCUAGAGAUUCUACCAUCUCCCUAGGUAACACAUCCUCUCAUCGUGCCAGAUUAAAAUCGGCGAAUGUUUGGAGAGUUGGCGAAUAAGUGUUCUUGGGGAUACCUCCCAAUGAGGGUACAGACUAACCAUCUCUGGAGGUAAAGCACAGAGACACGUGGCAGAAGUGCAACCCUUGGUCCAUCUUUGGCUCGUGGAUCUUCUCUGAAAAGAUAUGUAGUCUGUCAGGGAAGGACCCUGAAUGUGUCUCUCGGCAGCGGUCUUGGUCAUUUGUCCCAUACUGAUGGUGGCCCAUGACGUGCUGUGCUUUGUGUAGAUGUCUGGACCACUGGAUGGCAUUGGACACCGUCAGCUGCUUCAUGAUUUGGGCAUAGCACCAUACAAUGCCACACUUUCGCAGCACCAGCUCUUUGUGGGAUGGGUCCCAUGUGCCCAAGGCUCCCACAAUCAAGAUGUGGGUCUGGGCCUCGUAGCCCCAGUGUCUCUAGGUGUCCACCAGCAGGGUAUACUUCAUGAUUUUUGGAGCUUGGACUCUUUGGACGGCCAGGGUCCUGUUCUUGAAGGAUACUGUGACGUCCACCAUGAUGACCUUCUCCUAGUCCUCACUGGUCAUGACAAGUGAGGAUUGCAGCAGUCUGUCCAUUCCAGGGACAAUAGAGACAACGGCAAAGCAUCCCAGCAUCAGCAGGAUACCUUUUUACCUAGGCCUCCAGGAAGCUGCCUUGAGGUACGUGAUGACAUCCUGCUCAGAGGAGGUCCUGACAUUAUCCUCGCUGACCUUAUCCCACACAACGCUUUUGGUGAUGCUGCUUACCAUGGGGUCCAGACAGGACAGCAGGCAGAUGGUGUGGCCAUCACUACUGAAAUACUAUAGCCAGACAGAAAGUGUUAAUUGGCUAAAGGAAUAUAAAGCACGGCAAAGUGCUGGCUUAGAAGCUCGAAGAAUUGUAGCAUCAUUCUCCAAAAGAUUCUUCUCGGAACAUGUCCCAUGUGAUGGCUACAGUGACAUUGAGAUCCUUGGGUGCCCAAGUCAUUUUUUUGAGGACGAGCUGGUGACUAUCCUUAACAUGGAAGGAAGGAAGUGUCUAACCUGGAAGUACUAUGCAAAGAAAAUUCUUUACUUUCUACGACAACAGAAUAUUUUAAACAAUCUGAAGGCGUAUCUUGAACGACCUGAGGACCAACAGUCAUUUUUAGAAGGUGCUGUUUUAAUUGACCAGUACUGUAACCCGCUAUCAGACAUCUAUCUAACAAGUGUCCGGGCUCAGGUUGAUGAUAUCACGGACAAAGUUCGCAAAGUCCUGCGGACCAAAAAUCCUAGGCAUCCAAGCUUGGCUCCAAAGGCAGGCGGGAUCUUGAGGGUUCCUGAGUUGGAGUUUCAAAGGCAGGUACUGGAUGCUAUGAAUUGUGUCCUGUAUGAACAAUUAAAAUACAAAGGAAAUGAGAUGGAUUACUACAACUCUUUGAAUUCAUACAUUCAUCAGGUUUUAAUCCGCAGGACAGGAAUUCCUAUCAGCUUGUCUGUUCUCUAUUUAACAAUUGCCAGGCAGUUGGGAGUCAGACUCGAGCCAGUCAACUUUCCUAGUCACUUCCUGCUGCGAUGGUGUCAAGGGAUAGAAGGAAGCACAGACAUCUUUGACUAUAUGUAUAUAGAUGCCUUUGGAAAGGGAAAGCAACUAACAGUGAAAGAAUGCGAAUACCUGAUUGGCCACCAUGUUACGGAGGAAUUUUAUGGAGUGGUUACUUCAAAGGAGGUCUUGCAGCGUAUGGUGGGAAACCUCUUAAAUCUUGGAAAACGGGAAACCACUGAUCAGUCCUACCAGCUCUUGAGAGACUCCUUGGAUCUGUACCUGGCUAUGUAUCCGGAUAAUGUGCAGCAUCUAAUGCUCCAGGCUAGGUUAUACUUUCAUCUGGGAAUCUGGCCAGAAAAGGUUCUGGAUAUCCUGCAGCAUGUUCAAGAGUUGGAUCCAUCCCAGCAUGGGGCAGUAGGAUAUUUAGUUCAGCAUACCCUAGAGCAUAUUGAACGCCGUAAGGAGGAAGUGGGACCCGAGGUGAAGCACCGUACUGAUGAGAAGCACAAAGAUAUCUGCUUUUCUAUUGGGAUGAUCAUGAAACACAAGAGAUAUGGCUAUAACUGUGUCAUCUAUGGCUGGGAUCCCACCUGCAUGAUGGGACAAGAAUGGAUUAGAAAUAUGAAUGUACACAGCCUACCUCAUGGCCCAGAUCAACCUUUUUACAAUGUACUGGUGGAGGAUGGAUCCUGCAUAUAUGCUGCUCAAGAGAACCUGGAAUAUAACUUGGAGCCUCAUGAAAUCCCCCACCCUGAUAUAGGCCGCUACUUUUCAGAGUUUACAGGCACACACUACCUGGCAAAUACAGAAUUAGCUAUUAGGUUUCCUGAGGAUUUGGAAUUUACUUGUGCCACAGUCCAAAAGAUCUACAGCACCGUCAAAGAAUGAGUGUAACUUGGUCAUAAGGGCAGAAGAAAAGUCUGUCAGAGCUGUUGCUGUAUCCUCUGUGUGGACAGAAUCAUGGAAGCCAAUUUUCACAAUGAUCUUCAGUCUGAUACCCCAGGAAUUGCAUUGCACUUUGUAACUUGUGAGAUACACAAGCGGUUCAAUAACCACUUAGUUACUAUCUGCCUACACUAGUCAAUUAAUUUGGGAUGCAUCAGUAUUCUAGACAAGGCAUUAAUUAUCUUGAAGUGACAAUCACAGUAUGAAGUGUAUUGUUCCCUUGCAUUGUGUUUAUGGAUUUUUUUUCAUAUUUAGGAUGUGAGCAUGUUAUGACUCUAGCUAGAGUCUGGAAUAAUCCCAUGUGAUGGAUAAGGAGGUUGAUCAUACGUACAAUAUUUUUAUAUAUAUAGCCUGUGUAUGUAUGUUGUAGUUUUAAGGUCUUUCUGAAGUCCCACAAUUGUUUAUUUCCUCGAUUCUGAUUUUCCCGUUGCCCUGAAAACAAUCAGUGUUGCUAGCAUUUCAAUGCUGAAAUCACUUGUCAGCCUUGACAAUGGCAUUGAAAUUUUCUCAAACAACAAUCAUGAGGCCCCAUAUGGUGGCAAGUUCCGCAGUAAUUUGAAUGGCCCUCAUACACGUAACACUUUCAACUGUUACAAACUCACAAUUGAGUCACUUUAUAGAAAAUAAAAUCCUGGCAAUUUUCUCUUCCCAAUAAACAUCUUGUUGGGACCCUGAUUCCUACAUGUACUUUUUUUCUUUAUUAUAUCUCCUUCAUGAUAUGGGAUAUGGUCAUAUAUGUAUCUUUCUACAAGGGAAGUAAUAUCCUGUUUAAUUGGUUAACCAAUUAAAGUUAGGGCCCGUUGCAGACAGGGGCUACUCUGGCCAUUCUGGCGUGCCCUCCCACCUGCAACAGGCUCUCUGCUUAUGACAGGCUGAGAGCUGCCCCAUCUCCCAUCGGUUAACCAGAUCCAAUAAGCCUUACCUUUAACAUUCUUACUUUCUACAUGUCUCCUCUUUUCUGGUUGAAACUUAAAAUUUCUGGUUUGCUAGAAGAAUAACCAAACUGCUGAAAUGCGAGAUGUAAUUAUCGGACAGAAGUCAGAUUGCAGUUGUGCCAUAAAAACUGGUAGCCACCAGUAUUUGGCAAACAGUGGAUGGAGACCUUAUUUUCUUAUAUUUUCAUGCCUUCUUUCUUUUAAUCAAAAGAAAAAUGUCUCUUGAAGGGGAAAAAGGAGUAACUAUUUGUCCAAAUUCUGACUUCUGCAAGGGAAGUAAAAUAUUAUAGAAAAAGACAGAUGAUCGGAAUGAGUAUUUCAAAGUUCCCAGCUCUGCCAUUACCUGCUGUGUGACUUUGAACAAGUCACUUCAUUCUGCCUCGGUUUGCUGUCUGAAGAAUGGGUGUGGUCUGAUGUUUUCUUGUUGUACCUCCCAAGAAUGUUUUGAGAGUAUUUGGAAAGUGCUUUGAAAUCUUCAGCUGAAAGGUGCUUUAUAGAUGCAAAUUAUUCUGCUAUUUAAUAUCAAUGGUACAUGUGUAAUUAAACUCCUACACAAGCUCUGGUCAGACAGGAGAUUAUUUCAGCAUCAUGUUUCAAUGUGACCUGGAUUUCCUUUGUUUUUAAAGGUAACAAUAAAGCAAAAUUAAACCUCAAGUUAUAACUGUAAAUAUAUCUAUAUAUAUAUCUAUAUAUCUAUAUAUAUAGAUAUAUAUACACACAUACAUUUUAAAUAUAUGCUGUUUAUUCAGUAACACUAUAUGGACCCUACAGCCUAUGGUGUAAAUUUUCAUUUGGGCACUUAUAUAUUUUUUUAGAGAGUGGAUUUUGGACCUGAUAAAUCAUAGCAACUUGACCUUUUUCACAAAUCUUUGACCUACUCCCAUGUCACACUUACUGUAUCAGUUUGUGAGAUGGAGCCAUUGCAGUGAACUGUUGGAUAUACAUGUAAUUAUGCAUAGCUACUUUUCAAACAAUUGUUCCACUGUUAGUUUCUGUUUAUAUUAUAGACUAAGUUGAUCUUGUCUAUACAGUGGGCACAUGGUCUGCAGAAUGUUAUGCACAGUUAGUUAUUUGCAAGUCAUAGGUAGAGCCUUGCAAAUUCGCUUUAUAUCCACAGGAAUCCACAUCUGUGGAUGUGGAUGCAGAUAUCUGCAACUCAUUUUUGUGGCUAUAUAUGUGGAUACAAAUUUUGUACCUGUGCAAGGAUCUAAUAAUAUGUAUAUGAACUAAAAAUAGCAGAAAGAUUUAUGUGGACGUUAGAAAGGAAAUACCAUUUAUAUAGGAAAGGUUAGCCCACAUUGUGGUUCUGCUCUGUCAUAUGAUUUUGUAACAAUAGCGGUGUGACUGUAUUUAUGUUCAGUUUUCUUUUUGUAAUGUAGAGAGACAGAACUAAACCUAGAACCUCUGGAGCUUAGUGCAUGAACUAAAAGCCAGCUGGCUGUCAGCUAAGGCGGUAGAGCAAACUCAUUUUCUCUCUCUCUCUCUCUCUCUCUCUCUCUCUCUCUUUUUCUUUCUCUUUCUCUUUCUCUUUCUCUCUGUGGUCUAAGUACAUGGGACAGUGAACUACACCCGGAAGGUAUAUGGGUUACACUGUCAUAUGGACCAAGUUUAGGAGUAAGAUUAAGUUUAUGAUUUGCCAGACCUAGAUACCCAGUUUGGGAUCUAGGUCAAGUUUGGGUACUUAGAUAUCAUCAGUAAAAAAGGCUCUGUGGAGGAAAUUGCAUCCUUAGUGACACCCAUGCAGUCCCACUCCUUUCCAUAGGGUUGAAGAAAUGUAAAUGAUUAGAAGUUGGUAAACAAUUCUGUUGCCCAAGAAUGAAUUGCUCAUUCUUAUCUUCAAUGAUUCUGCACAGCUAACUGUAGUAAAAAAAUAGUGUGAGCUUAUUUUAAUCACUGAAGAGGUCAGAUCCGAUUAUGUAUACACACGGGGAACAGAUCUGAUAAGGCAAGUGCCAUUUUUACAGUGACUUCUUAGAGUAGAACUGUAUUUCACCCAAAGUAUAUCAUUAGUAGAUGAUGUUUCAGGAAAAUUAAAGACCAGGGCCUUGGGGAAAAGACUGUUGACAGGAUUACAGAUGUAUAUAAGGUCAGACUUGCUUAACUUGACAAAUCACUUCUCUUAGAUAAUUUUAUCCUGAGUAAAUUACAUCAGAAGCCAAAUGUGUGAGUUAUCACUUCAAACUCGACAUAUAGUAUCCAUCGCAAUAUUACGUGUGCACUUCUUACUGUCAGAUCUCAUUGUGGAAGUAAAUGAAUGUUGCUUCUUGGUUUUAUUAACACUGCUUACAUACACACCUCAGAAGUGUUUAGAUUGAUCUUCCAAAAUUAUCAAAACUUUCUCAAAUGAGCACAAUACUCACAAAUCCACUUUUAACAUACUGAUGUUGAUGCAGGAGGAACAAAUAUUUUAGUAGCCUAUCAAAAUUAAAAUUAUUCCGGGUUUGUUUUGUGAGAGAAACUCUUCAAGGCCCUGUUAGGUAUAUCAUUUAUUGGGCAUGAAGGAGUUAAUCUGACUUUUAAAGGAUCUUGUGCAAGAAUAACUCCAGUUUACUUUGGAUGCAUGCAUCAGCUGCCCCAAACCUUCAUUGGCAUGUGCAUUUUAUAGGCUCUUUUUUUCUAGGCUGCACUCUUGGUUUCAGGAGGACAUUGGUUCUGGAACUUUUGAGUCAUUCUUUUUUAGUAGCUUCAGCGAACAGUAUAUACCGACAAAAUAAUAUCUAAUCUGGUUCUUUCUCAUGCCUGUAAAUAGCUUGCUUCUGGACAUAAAGUGCAUCUUCCAGAGAAAUUGGAUGGCAUGGUUCUUUGUCAUCUAACUUUGCUCCAUCUCCUUUCUUCUAACUAAAAUUUGUAUCUGUACCUGUCUAAUCUAGUACCAAAUUCCUGCUCUCUGUGAUAAAUAUAUAUUCUACCUUUUUAAAAAAAAUAAAAGCACUUCCUGUUUCAGCUAAUACUAUCUUAUUCCUUUUUA